AUGCGAUAUUAUCGCCGAUCGCCGAUUGCUGAUCUUUUACCUGCGAUUGCGAUAUUUUUUUAAAAGCGUUUCAUCAAACAUAUCGCAGAUUCUUGCCGGUAGUUUGCCGGUAGUUUAGUGCUAUGAGCGAUAAUCGCUCACAGUCUACUAUCAAAAUGACGUAAAAAACGGGCACCUGCUGAAUCUCGCGCCACCUGUCAUAUUUGACAGACGAUCAAACAACAACAAUGGCAGAUCUCGUAGAGAAUAGGAGCGCCUCUUGGCAGCCAAGAGAACUCGAGGAACUGCUCGAGGGCGUCCAACAAAAUUAUGAAGUGUUGUGGGGCAAAUUGUCCGGCACAUUAUCAAAGAAAGACAAAGACCGUGCAUGGUCGGACAUCGUCCAAUCAAUAAAUUCCGUAGGGGGGAACGAGAGGAACGUAGAAGAUUCAAUGAAAAAGUGGUGUGAUUGGAAGAGCCGGACCAUUAUGAAGGAUGCCAAGAGAAGACGCUUUGUGGAAAGCUCUGGGGAGGCAGCUCUUCCAAAAAAAAUGCAAUUAACUGUUUUGGAGGAUAAGCUAUUGUCCUUAGUGCCCAAAACAAAGCUGUUCGGAGUGCAAGGUGGAGGGAUCGAUACCGGUCCACUCAAGAGAUCCAUGCAAGAAAAUGAUAACCUAGACAAAGGAGAGGAAAAUAAACGCCUCAAGCAGAACGUUCCAAGUGAGCCUGUUCCCAUUCAAACAAGCUCCAAAAGCACUGCCAGCAUCCCUGCCAGCAACAGCAACAGGAAGACAAGUAUGAAGGAUUGUGAUUGUCAUCAGGAAAUGAUUGACAUAUCUCGGCAAAUGCUAGAGGAGAGUGUAAAGCGGAAUGAAAUACUGCGGGACAUAAGUUCAACACUAAAAUUAACAGCUGGCAAAGCUUUCCUGGACAACUUGUUGGAUCCCACAAAUUUUUAAAAGCGGGGGCCAUAGACAAAACUAGUCUAUAAAAUGUGUGUUAAUUAUGUUUAAAAAAAUAACACCCCAUGAUAUACAUUUUGCUGUUAUUUCUACCUUGUUUAAAGGGACCUAUUCACAGAUUUAUGCAACUACUGA